ACACACACCCUCCCUGUCACAAUUGUUGACCAAACGGAUGAUGUCAUACUCCACUGAGCUCGCGACCUCAUCUGAAGGGUAAAUCAUUAAGUCUCCCUGCUCUGGCAUCCGAUACCGUCCCGCGACACACCCUGCCUGCGAUGCAGCGCAAUGCGUGCAAAAGCCAGAGUGCUGACUCAGGGAAAGUGAUGUGAAAGCCCGGCGAAAGGGUGCAACGGGAAAACGGCCGGGUGAGAGGGGAGAGAAAGGUAACGGUGGCGGGUGGAGCAGUUUUCCACUUCCACCAGCAAAUUACCACCAACGGGGAGACCAAAGGUCAUUUGCAUGCGGUACAAUCAGAUGGAGGUCCGUUUACCGAGCUUGUCUCGGGUCGCUGUCUGCGGCGGUACCCAUGGCAACGAGCUCUCCGGGGUCUAUUUGGUCAGGGAGCUGAUGAGAACAGCGACGGGCGCCGAGGCGGGAGGGGACGUGUCCGUGCGGGCGGUGCUGGCAAACCCACGUGCCACCCAGCUGGGCCGACGAUACCUCGACACCGACCUGAACCGAUGCUUCACCCACGCCGCCCUCAACGGGCCCUUGUCCGAUGCGCCCCCCUACGAGAUGACCCGAGCCCGGGAACUGGACUCCCCGCUGGGGCCCAAAGGGAGCCCGCGAGCUGUGGAUCUCGUCUGCGACCUCCACAACAGCACGUCCAACAUGGGCCUGUGUGUCAUCGCUUUCUCCGACUGUGACUGGAUCUGCUUGCAUGCGUUCCGAUACCUGCAGCGGCAGAUGCCAGACAUACCAGUGAGGUACAUUCAUUUGGACGUCAAGGAGUCAUUUUCUCUUGAUUCAGUGGGAAAACAUGGUUUCGCUUUAGAGAUCGGUCCUCAGCCUCACGGCGUGGUGAGGUUCGACAUCUACACGGCCAUGAAAGACGGCCUGCAGCACACGCUCGAUUGGGUGCGGCUCUUCAACUCGGGCGCCGUUUUUGAGGGCGGGCCAGUAGACCUAUUCACCGCGGUUGGACACGUUGACUAUCCAAGAGAAGCCGACACUCAAAACAUCAUGGCGGCGAUUCAUCCGAAACUUCAGGACCAAGACUUCUGCCUGCUGCACCCCGAGGAGCCCAUGUUCCAGACGUUUUCGGGCCAAACGCUGCGCUACAAUGGCAGCGAACCUCUUUAUCCCUUCUUCAUCAACGAGUGUGCCUAUUAUGAGAAGGGUGUGGCGCUCUAUCUCGCCAGGAAGAGGAGUGUCACCCUUCCUACGCUGCGGGUGCACAAAAAGGGCCAUCCGGCUAACUUUGUGUCAGUACAGGAGGAGGAGGAGGAGGAGGAAUGAGACC